AUGCAUAUCUUUGUUAAGGCGGACGAGGCAGAUAACGUUAAAUGGACAUCUCGUUACCCCAUGUUUGAGAGCCUGGCAGCUGAACAACGCAUGCUUGGUGUUACACAGCCUAGGGAAUUAUCCGACUACCGCCAUCUAUCUUCUCGUGACUAUUGGACUAGUAGUAGGCUAGUAGCGCUAAGUCGAUGGUCUACACUACUAAGCCUGACGGCGUUAAAAGACUACGGUACUUUCAAUCAGAACUUGACUCAACGUACCGGCCUUCGGCAAGGAAAAGCAGAUACUUGCCCAAUCCCCACUCAAAUCUUCAUCACCUCGAUCACUCUCAAAAAUAUCACAUUUUUGGAAUCACUCAUCACCAUGGAUUCCAAACUUCCAACAUACGAGGAUGAAAAUGGACCAGCUCCUCCAUCAUAUCUCGACUCCUUAUCAUCAGCAUCUCCUAAAACAUCCAAGAUAUCGGGCCCAUCAACGUCUAAAUCAACAUCCUACGGUUCGCAAAUCCAAUCCCAGCUCAACAAUCUCAGCACACAAUUCAGCUCGCUUCAGACCCAAAAGUCUCUCCUCGCGCACGCCCAAGAAGAGAAAAUUCUCUCUCUUCUCACAACUCAAAUCCAAAUCUACCUAUCCGGAUUCGCAAACACUGGUUUAAGAAAAGGCACAUUAAUUUUGAUACCAGCACAAUGUCUUCAGAACGAAAAGGCACAACCACUUGAAUUUGAUCAGGAAGAUAAAAGUACAUAUGAUGUAUUUGUGGAAGUAGGAGAUAAAGAAAGUCUUAACGGUGGGACAUGGUUCUGGGAAGAUGAGGAAAUGGCAGAACGAUUGGCUGCGGCGUUGAAACCAAGUACGGAAUUACCUUCUAGGGAGACCGUUACGCAAAAGGGUUCUAAUGCUGGAGUACUCAGUCAAGGAGUAAACAGAUUUUGGAAAAAGAAAUCGAGCUUGAAGAAUGUGGAAACUCCUGUGUUGGUUGAGGAUAUGAAGGUUAGUUCUGCUGUUGUGGAGCCAAGGGAUAAGGUACACAUGGAAGUUAAGGCUGAUGAGGUUGUUUUUGAAUAUGAGAAUACUUUUGGUCUUUUGGAAACUCAACGGGGAUAUGGGGUUGUACUUUCCUUUGAAAUUCUGAAUUAA